AAACACUGGGCCGGAUGUAAUAGGAACCCCAAAAAUAGUUUAGCCUAUUAGGUUGUUGAAAUAGUCUCCCGAAUCUUGAGACUCACAGCCAUCACCAGGGUAAAUACAGACAUGGAAGACAAAGGUGUUUGCGAGGAGUCCGAGACCAGUCAACCCCAGAACAUCACUCCUGCAGCAGAGCAGGGUCCCUUAGUUUCAGUCACGUUUCAGACGGACCCACACCGAAAACUGAAGUACUUGGAGUCAGAACCUAAAGCAUUAGGGGUGACCCAAAUUACCUUCAGUGUGUUUAGGAUCUUCACUUGCGCAGUAUUCUAUGUCCUUGGAUUGUAUCUCUCGAUUGAGCAGAUCGUCAUUUAUCUGAUUGGAUCUGUGUCGGUGAUGGUCGCUGGUUCUCUGGCCUUGGUGGCUCAGAAUCUCCAUCUUCCCACUCUGAAGGCCUGUCUGGGGAUGCAGGUGGUGGCCUGUGUGAUCUCUAUAUUGAAUUUGCUCGUGGAAGGAACUGACUUUGGGCUGGAGGCCAGCUUCAGUGACACGUGCUGGAUGUCAUGGAAUGACAACGAUACAGGAGUCCAACAUGAUAACUGCAUGAUGCUGUCAACGACACACACACAUUAUACUGCUGAGAAUUUCCUGAUCCAUGCUGCCUCGGUGGCUAUCUCUGUCACCCUGGCUGCCUACUGCUGCAAGGUUAUCAACUGCUGCUCACCCACAUCCAGGAUGCCUGUGAUCACUGUCCAAGCCCCUCCCACUCAGCAAUGACAAAUUAAUCAACCUACACCUGGAGUCAGCUAACCAGCAUGUACUCACAUUGUCUGACGAUCUAUACCAAUACUAGUCAUUAUAAAGCACGGAUAUGACAUGUCACACAAACAAGCUGGCACUUAUUUUAACCGAAUGUUUGUUUAUUACAUAAAAAUACAUAUAAUACAUA